CAGCCUUAUUCACGGGCACACUUAGACCGCAGCAUCCGCAGCCCCCGCAAGUGUCCUACUUCUGCCAUAAAACUCGGACCAAAAAAUAUUACUUUGACCCAUUCUUUUCGUGCUGUUUUUGUAUACACUUCUCUCUUAAAAUCUCAAAUAAACAUGUCACGUUAGCAAUUGCAUAUAAAAGGUUUGAAGGGCUUGGCUACACUGGCAAAAGUGGUCGUUAAGAGAGAGAGAGGCUACCCCUUAUGAAUGAUGGCUGCCAUGGGAAAGGAAGAAGGCAGAGUGAAGGCAGGGGGCGAGGAGGAGAAGUUGUUGAUGGAUGAGGUGACGGUGUUGGAUCUUGACAUUCUACGCUCAACGAUCGCCAUGCAUGCAGAGAAAGGCGGACUAGGCAAAUUGAAUGGGGAGAAAAAAUUUGUAUCUGAUUACACUCAGUAUGGAGGGGGAGUGUUUAGAAUGUGGGAAGGUGAGCUUGUUCGUGACUGCUUGAAUGAUGGAAAGAUAGCAAUACAAUCCACCUGUUGUCCAUGUUACAGAUUUGGAAAGAACAUGCAACGAGCUGGAUUUGGGUCUAGUUUUCUUCAGGGAUCAAUUUACUUGAUUCUUGUCGUCAUUGCCAUGUCCAACCUACUAGCAUUCAUGAUCACCCGGAGCUGCUGCUUCCUGUGUUUGGCUAUUGCGUCCACUGCCUCAGGUGGAAUAUAUGUGGGAUAUUACCGGACACAAAUUAGAAAAAAAUUCAAAAUACAGAGCGGGGAGAGUUUUUUGGAUGACUGUGUUUUCCAUCUUAUUUGCCCCUGCUGCACCUUAUGUCAGGAAUCUAGAACACUGGAGAUGAACAAUGUCCAAGACGGCAUCUGGCAAGGCAGAGGGGAAACGGUAUGCACUGGAAGCUUCUAUGAGGAUAACAAACCAUCCUCAUUGUUAAUUCCACCUUCUGUUGUGUCAACAAAGUCUCCUGACUCCCAUAGCAUUUGAAGAAUUCCAUAUCAACUCCUGAGGUAAACCGUAUUACUGCUUUGGUCCCUCCACCACGAGUGAGGUCUGUGUUUUGAUAUAAAGGUUCAAUAUAAUGAGUUCGGAGGUCAAAGGAAUCUUCGUUAAGUUAUCAUGUGCUGGAUCGGAGAAUUGCAUCUUCCAAUUUUUGCAAAAAUAUCAAAUGUUUUUUGGAGUUGGAUGCCAAGGAAGAUGGUUGUAGUUCCACCUGCAUCAAAUUCUUCAUUGCAACAAGUUGAGUGCAGCUUAGCUUAGGCCAGUUCACCGUAGAGAUAUAGAUCGUAGACUAGUUCUUCAUAGUCUUCAUAUGAACAUUUUAGUACGUACAGGGAAUCAACCCUUUUUCAGUAGGUUCCGUAAUUGAUCAGCUGUGAGAUUCUGAUGCCAUGUGCUGAAGAUGGUUUGUCUCAGUGGCGGCAUUUUUCUUUCUUGUUUCGGUAUCACAAGUGAGUGAAUUUUCCCAACAUAUGGACUUGGACGGUAAGAUGAA